UACCAAGUCUUGGAAUCUCGUUUCGCGGUCCAUCAAACCACGAAUAACGAGGAACUAAUUUCUUCUUUCCUGUUUUAACAUUAUUUCUUCUUCUUCUUCUUAGUUCUUCCUAUUUUCUUUAUAAUAAAAGAAAAUUAAAAGAAUAAAAAGGUUUUUAUUUUUAAAAUAUUGUUGUUGUUUUGUUUGUGAUUUGUGAUGGGUUUUGUUGUUAAUUUAAUUCAUAUAAUUUCCCUAUUUUAUAAUUAGUGUUCCUUUCUUGUACUGCUCUUUCUCUGCUAUAGAGAGAUAUAGAAAGAGAGAGUCCAAAAAGAGCUCCAAAUUUCCAUGGAUGCUUCGAUCUCCUCCCUCCUCAGUUUCAAACAGAUCUCAUUCUCAUAGAAAAAACCCAAUUCCCCAUUCUCCCAAUCCUCAUCCCCAUACCAGGUUCAAUGGGUUUCGCUUGGGAUCCACCCCUUUUGUUUUUUCGGUUUACUGCAAUCAUUGUCAUUCUUUAUAUAAUUUAUUAAUUUUUUUUUCUUCUCUUAGACUGAUCUGCGUUUUCCUUUUAUUUUUUUUUUUGGAUUCUUGUGUAGUGGGUGCUCGUUUUUUUUCCUCACAUUUUCUUCCCGCAUAUAAUGCCGUGUUCUUGAGGCGAUUUCAUGGGUUGAACUGUGAGGAAUAAUGGGUAGCGUUAGCGGGGAUGAGGAAUGCCCAUUUUUUGAUGCCCAAGAGAUCAAUGCUCCUUCGAUAUCUGAACCCAAUUGCGAUGGUAUUGAGGCGGCCUUUGAUUCUCAUCCCAGAUUCAACAAUUGGGUCGAUGGGAGUUUGGUUUACGAUGUAUGGAAUCGGAGCCCCAAGAGUGUUCAUGAACGUCGGAGGAAGUUUUUGACAUGGAUGGGGAUGGGAUUAGAUCGAACUCCUCCUCCUUGUCAUGGGAAUUCUCUGUCUCUGGGCUGUGAUUGGAGAGAAGGGGAUGUAGGAAGAUUGAGGGACAAUUCUGGGGUUGAAUCCUCUGAUUUUGAAGAUGUAUUUUGCUCAGGAAGAUCUUCGAUUUCAUGUUGGUCUACUGAUGAUAUUGAACUUGCAGAGAUGGCUUCAACCAAUACCGUUCUGUAUAGGGAUGAUGUGAUUAAGGGAGAAUGCGGCAGGAAAAAUGGGGAUCUAAAACCCUCUGUUCGGUUUGCAAUGGCUGAAGAGCUUGAGGAGACUUCUAGUUCCUCGCCAUCUUUUCAACAAAUGAUGCAGAUGGAGGCUGAGAGAGUAAACAUCCCAUCGCGUUCAGCACGAAGAGUCAACAAACGUUGGCUUAAGAAAUUGCGAUCAGCAGCCUGCAUUUUUGAUAAGCAUGGUAAAUCAACAAGAUUGGUAGUUGAUGAUGAUUCGGCUGCAGGGUCGAGAGUUCGAAGGGUGAAAGUUCGCCAUUGCAAGAAGCAUUUGAAGGAACUAUCAGCCAUGUAUAUGGGACAAGAUAUCAAGGCUCAUGAAGGUGCUAUUUUGACAAUGAAAUUUAGUCCAAAUGGACAGUAUCUUGCUACUGGUGGUGAUGAUGGGAUUGUUAAAUUGUGGCAAGUGAUUGAAGAUGAAAGAUCUAAUGAAUCUGAUAUCCCCGAAAUUGAUCCAUCCUGCAUUUACUUCACAGUGAAUCGUCUUUCAGAGUUGAAGCCCCUGCUUGUGGAGAAAGAGAAGUUGGCUAACUCAAUGACCUUGAGGAAAACAUCGGAAUCAGCUUGUAUAAUUUUUCCACCUAAAAUCUUCAGAAUAUUGGAUAGGCCAUUGCACGAGUUCCAUGGACAUUCUGGUGAUAUUUUGGAUCUCUCUUGGUCAAAAAACAAUUAUCUUCUGUCAUCAUCAAUUGAUAAAACUGUCAGACUUUGGCGAUUGGGAUCUGAUGAUUGUCUCAGAGUUUUUUCACAUAGUAAUUAUGUUACUUGUGUUCAUUUUAAUCCCAUGGAUGAAAAUUACUUUAUCAGUGGUUCAAUAGAUGGAAAGAUCCGCAUUUGGGGAAUUCCUUCUUGUCAAGUUGUUGACUGGAUUGACAUUAGGGAAAUUGUCACUGCAGUGUCUUAUCAUCCUGAUGGACGGGGAGGAAUUGUUGGCUCCAUAAAUGGUACUUGCCGCUUCUUUAAAGUAAUAGGUGAUAAUAACUUGGAAUUAGAUGGCGAAAUAUGUUUGUCCAGUAAAAAGAAGUCGCCCAGUAAGAAAAUAACGGGGUUUCAGUAUUCUGCAGAAGAUUCAAGCAGAAUAAUGGUGAGCUCUGCUGACUCUCGAAUCCGGAUUAUUCAAGGGCUUAAUGUGAUUCAGAAGUACAAGGUCAGCUUGAUUGGUUGUUUGGUUUCGAUUAUGAAGAUUUUGCUUUUAAACCAAAUGGUGUCGUUCGUCGUAUCCUGUCUUCCAUGUGCCCUCAUAAGCAAGUUUCGUCCUUUCUGUUCAGGGCCUUGUAAUACUGGAAACCAGACGUCUGCAUCAUUUACCUCAGAUGGGAAACAUAUCAUCUCGGCAAGUGGGGAUUCUAAUGUAUAUGUAUGGAACUGCAGUUAUAAAAACGAGGCCGUUCUUUCCCCUGUGAAAAAGAUUAAGUCGUAUGAAUAUUUCUCCUCCAAUGCUUCCAUUGCAGUACCAUGGUACGGUUUGAGAUGUAACACAGAGGCUGGUGAAAGACAUUUUCCUGGCAUGCAAAGGAACUCAUCGGAAACUUUCCCCCUUCCAUCACCUGCGUUUUUCUCUUUGAGCCAAGAGUUAUUAGAAUCCUUCCCCAAAGGAUCUGCAACUUGGCCGGAGGAGAAGCUCCCAACCUCAAGCCUACUACCGAAACCAUCUAUGAUGCAUAAAUCUCGGUAUAAAUUUCUGAAGUUGUCUUGCCAAAAUACAUCAAGUUCUCAUGCAUGGGGUCUGGUUAUCGUGACGGCAGGAUGGGAUGGACGAAUCAGGUCGUUUCACAAUUAUGGUUUGCCUGUACCUAUAUGAAAUUUUAGGAUUUUCCAAGUACAUGAAGUGAUUUCUUCAUAUUGUGGUGUUUCACAUGUUAGUGCCUCCUGGCUGAGUAAUAGCUAUGAUGGAAGCCUGAUCUCAUUUUAGAUGAUCAACCAACCAAUGUUAUCACCAGCUGCAAUAAAACACAAUCAUAUGUGCUGAUAAUCGAUACGUUACCGUUUUCAGAAUUUCCUCGAGCAUAUCUAUAGAUUUUCUGAUACUCUAGGGUCAGUUUAUGGAAAUGACAAUUGAUGGAAGAAGCUUCUCUAUAGAGGAAACGGCUUCAAAUCAGCUAGUGGCCAAGGUUAGCUUACCUGGAUUCUCUUGUCAAUCAUCCUCUAGGCAGUUUAAUCAUAGACUUUAUGAUGUUGCGAUUUGAGUAUUUGCUGCUGGCCAGUAACAAACAUGUGAAGUCAUUCAUGUAUUGGGGGAAAUAACAUUGAUACGAGAAGUUGUCUCAACGAUGCAGGUUACUACAGGGCUUGGAGGACCUCUUACCUCUUGCUUUUUUCUGCUCUUACAUGGUCAAGGAAAUCAAGAUUGGUGGUCUGAAUUCAUUGAAGAAGAAUUGGUUAUAUGCCAUUAUAUCUUGUGGGCCAUUUUUUAUUGAUUUGAUAUUUUGACCAUUUCUUCUUCUGCUUCGUAUCAAGACGACGAGAGACAUGAGGAUUUGAGCGUGGGGCAAACUUAGUCAGUCGUUUUCAUCUGAUGAGACUUUACCUGCCAGGCUGGUCUUUGAAUUUGAAAGAGAAGAAAAAAAAAGUUUUUUUUGUUUGCUUUCUUGCUGUAUUGUUACACACUAACACAAGUCUGCAGCAACCCUUUUGCUAACAGAGAUUAUAUACUAUAUAGGCUGUAUUAUUCUCACUUAUUUCAUUCAACAACAUCAUCUUUAGGACAGGUGUUAUGAGCUUAAGCUAUAAGCUAUUUAGCAUCCUUCGAGUUUCCAUCUGUUGUAAAUACACAAGCUCUCUGUGCAGGAGGCUUAUGUUUCUUUUUUUCUCCCCUUCUCUUGUAAAAGAUGUUCUAUAGAAGCUACCAUAGAAUUGAAAGUUCAAACAGAUUGAGAAGACUUGAAGUUCUUAUGAACUUA